UCAGUUCCUCGGUUACCAUCAGUUACUAGAAAACUCAAGUUUGUUUAUGAUGUCUCCUGAAUCUUGGCUUAAAACUCUUCAAAAUGCGCAGAAAAAUGCAAUUAUCCAGGACGGCAAGAGGAAGGUCCAUUAUAUGUUACAAGAUAAACAAGAAUUGGUCGAAGAAUAUAAUAUGAAUACAAACGUAGUAGUACGCAGAGCAUGGAGGAAGAAAAAUAAUUUUGGAAAAGCAAUUGGCUGGUCUAUUGAAGUUGGAGAGUCUGAAAUUGUAGAGGGUGAUGAUGAAGCUUGCGAAAUAAGAGAAAGUUCAAAUAUGCCAAUUGUUGUAAGAAGGAUCACAAAACGGUCUCUAGAAUGGCGAAUUAGGAACCUACGUUAUCCUAAAGAUGUAUAUUCUGUUACUGCAGAGGAGGAUGGCAGUAUAACUGUGCGUACAAGCAACAGGAAAUACUUCAAGAAAUUAGAGGUUCCAGAUCUCCAACGGAUUGGAUUAAAACCAAAACAGGAUAACAUAACCUUUACACAUCAAUUAAAUACUUUAAUUAUAACGUAUAAGAAGCCUAAAGUGCUCCUCGACGUGGAAGGUAGAUAUAUCAUUUUAACGAGUCAGGAAAGUUCGGAUCGUCAGCCUAGUUUCAAUAUGCCGCCGAUAUUACGCGCCCGAAAAUCGAGAGAUCGAUCGAUUGUACUGCGCCGCGCGGUGUGCGUUUACUGCUGCCGCUGCUGCUCCCACUCCUGCUAUUGCUGCGUGUAUGUAUUGUGCGAUGAUAGUGGUAUUGCGUUUCGGUGUAAUGCCGUUGCUUUCGCGGGAAGAUUUGUGAGUGAGCGGCAAAUAUGACGAAUUCGGUGCCGGACAGGUGGUUGGAGUACAAACCAGUCGGUGAUGUGAUCAAAGGCACUCAAAUCUUGGCGUUCAAAGUUCCCCUCAAAGAC